UUCUCUUAUUCUCAGUGGACAAACAGAAGUCAAACUUCAUGUAAUACGUGUAGCAUUUGCAAGGUAACAUUUCUAUCGUUUGUUUAACCGUUUAUUUUUUAUCCACGUCUCACCGGAUUCUCAAAUGAAUAGCUUUGAAGCCACUAACAGACACGUCCUGUGAAUAGAGGACGUCGAUGUUUCCGAGCGUUUUCCUCAAAACGUUGCAAAAUGAUGCUAAGGUUUUUGGCGUUAGCUGUGGUCUUUUGUGCAGAGUCUACACUCGGGAGAUGUGGGUCAGCGACAGUUCCGGACACCGCCAUUCAGCUAGACAGGCUCGUCUCGUUUCGUGCCAACAGAAAUGCAGCAAUGUGCGGGGUCAGAGCAUCAGGAGCCAUGUGCAGGCCGGAACUGCGGUGGAGCGUGCCAGUGUUUGCCCUUAAAGGGUAGCAGGGGGCAACCAGGGCCACUUGGACUGGUGGGAAGCAGUGGACCUGAGGGUUUCAUUGGGGGACCUGGGCCCACUGGCCCAAAAGGAGAAAAUGGUCAUUUUGGACGCAAAGGGCCCUCUGGACUAAAAGGAGACAAGGGCCCAAUGGGUGUUCCGGGGUUUUCUGGUAAUGAUGGUGUUCCUGGACACUCUGGGCAGGAGGGGCCCAGGGGACCACCAGGUCUGGAUGGCUGUAACGGCACGCGAGGUGACCCAGGGGACAGAGCCCGUGAUGGAUUUUCUGGUAUACCUGGAGCACCUGGACUCCCUGGUCGAAAAGGACAGAAAGGAGAACCACUUUAUGUAAAUAUACCAACCUCCAAUAUAGGACGCAGAGGUGAUGAUGGCCUUCCAGGUCCAGAUGGAAUUCCAGGUCCAAUUGGGCCCAGAGGUCCAGAUGGAUUUAUUGGUCCUCCUGGUCCAGCUGGUCCUCCUGGACCUCCAGGAAGUGCUGGUCAAGGAUACAAAGGGGAGCAUGGAGACAAGGGGGAUGUUGGUCUACCGGGACUAAGGGGCAGUCCGGCCGUUCCUUUUAACGCACCAGCGAUAAGCACUAUCAACAAAGGAGAGAAGGGGUUUAAAGGCUAUGCAGGUAAUCCAGGCCUUCCUGGGAGACCAGGACCAAUAGGUUUUACAGGUGAGACCGGUGAAAAAGGAAUCCUGGGCUUGCCAGGCUUGAGGGGUCCACCUGGUCUGAACGGACCUCCUGGGGCUCCUGGCAGAAAAGGCUUCUCUGGAAAUCUUGGGUUUCUGGGCCAAUCAGGCUUUCCUGGACUAAAAGGUGAAAGAGGAGAACCAGGUCCCCCUGGAUCGUACUUUCCUUCAACAGAUGAAAUUCCAGGUCCUCAAGGUGAUCCUGGCUUUGCUGGUUAUCCAGGGCUAAACGGAGAUCCUGGUCCUCCAGGAAUUCCUGGUCUGCCUGGUCCACCAGGAGUGCCAUCUUUUGUCACAGGUCGUCCAGGCAGUGCUGGGUUCCCAGGUAGUCGUGGACCCAAUGGCCAGAAGGGAAGCCCAGGUCGGGAUUCCUAUGGCCCUGAAGGUCUUGCCGGUAGUCCAGGACUUCCUGGACCCACAGGUCCACCUGGACCACCGGGCAAAACAUUAUCUGUAAAUCCAUUCGCUGUGGGAUUACCUGGACCUCUAGGUCAGAGAGGGCCACCUGGCGACAUAGGCUAUAAAGGGUUUAAAGGAGAAGAUGGCGACUGCAAUUGUUUGGGUGGAGCAACGACUGGUGCACAGGGACUUCCAGGGCCUGCAGGACCGUCGGGUUUCAUAGGACUCGGUGGUGCAAAGGGAGAAAUGGGUGACCCAGGAUUCCCAGGAUCUCGUGGACCACAGGGUCCAGAUGGCCGUGCGGGUGAGAUGGGCUUUUUUGGGCGUAAAGGAGAGAAAGGUAAUUCCUUCUUCCCCCAAGGUAGAGGACAAAAAGGUGACAUGGGUCAGCAGGGUCCUUUUGGGCCACUUGGAGCAAGCGGCAACCCUGGAAGAGAUGGAUCUCCUGGCUUCCCUGGACAGCCAGGCCCACCUGGAGAUCCAGGUUUUGGGGUUACUGGAGAUAAAGGUUUUCCUGGUAUCCCAGGGUUCAAAGGUCGUCCCGGUGCUGUUGGAGAUCCUGGUAUUGGCUAUCCUGGCGUUGCUGGGUUCAAAGGGGCACAAGGUGAUCCCGGAUUCAAUGGUCUUCCUGGAUCACCUGGACUUCCAGGGCCUGCAGGAACGCCACUGCCCUGCACAAUUCCUGGGGAACCAGGGGAUCCAGGAUUCGGUGGUCUUCCUGGGGUGCCAGGAACACCGGGUCAGCCUGGUUCCCCAGGAGUGAGUGUACGCCCAGGUUUUGAUGGGCCAAAGGGUGAGAGAGGAGAACCAGGCAUUGGAGGUCUUCCAGGACCUCAGGGUUUCUCUGGACCCAGAGGAGAUCCAGGUUUACCAGGAGUUACAAAUGCUGGCUUACAAGGGUCUCCAGGAAGAAAUGGUUUUCCAGGUGUGCCUGGAGCAAAGGGAGAACCUGGUGUGGUGCUUGGGGCCACCCCUGGAAGUCCAGGUCUUCCAGGAAGACCAGGAGAGCCAGGGGACAAGGGUCAACCUGGGAUGCCUGGUUUACCCGGGACCCCUGGUAUUGAUGGACGCAAUGGUUUCCCUGGUGCAAAGGGUGAGCGAGGUGUGAACGGAAUGCCUGGUCCCCAGGGUCCCAUUGGUCCACCGGGCGAAUUGUCUCCUGGGGGUAUCUCUGGACUCAGAGGGCCUGAUGGAGCUAAAGGAUUUCCUGGGCCUUCAGGUUUCCCUGGGCGGAAGGGUGUGAGAGGAGAUCCAGGGCUUCCUGGGCCUGGUGGGAUAAAAGGUGCCACUGGUUUUCCUGGUGUCCCAGGGACACAGGGAUUUAGGGGAAUUUCUGGGCCCCCUGGUCCUGGAGCACUUCCAGGCACACCUGGACGACCAGGAUUAAAGGGGGAGAGGGGAUCUCCAGGGUUGUUAGGAUUCCCUGGAUUUCCUGGUUCUCCUGGAAUUCCAGGUAAUCCAGGUGUCAAAGGUUCGCCUGGUUUUAUUGCUCAGGAUGGGUUACCUGGGAGUGAUGGAGCAAAAGGACUAAAAGGGGAUCGUGGUGCUACAGGUCCACCGGGACCCUCUCCUACAGUGGUUCCAUCUAAGCUGCAGGAAAAUGGUGAACCAGGUGUCCCAGGAAGCAGUGGAUUGCCUGGUUUCCCAGGGCCAAGAGGUGAUAAGGGUUUUUCCGGGCCACCUGGUCGUCCAGGAUUACCUGGACUGCCCGGUAUUGCCAACCAAGCAAAAGGUUUUCCUGGUCAGCCUGGAAUCCCAGGCAUGCCUGGCUCCUCUGGCUUCCCCGGACCCAAAGGAUCUCCUGGUGUCAUGGGUUUCCCUGGCAUGCCAGGACCGAGGGGUGAUGAUGGUGGACCUGGAUUUCAAGGGUUUUCAGGCAGUCAAGGACAGCUUGGUGCCAAAGGUGAGAAAGGUGAUUCGUAUUCAGUACCUGGGCCCCCUGGACCAAAGGGUGUGGUGGGAGAUCCUGGAUUCUCAGGUGGUCCAGGACUUCGGGGAGAACAAGGUGAUCCAGGGUUCCCAGGAGUCCCGGGAUACCAAGGCCAGAAAGGUUAUCCUGGAGAGCCAGGAGCACCAGGAUUUGGUGGCCCACCAGGUCUCCAAGGCAGUAAGGGUCUCCCUGGUUAUCCAGGACAGAAGGGACGUGAUGGAGAGCGAGGUCGUCUAGGAGCUUUAGGUCCAGCAGGAGAGAAAGGUCUACCAGGCUUUCCUGGUUUAGAUGGACUCAAUGGUCUUCCAGGAUCCAAGGGCCCCCCUGGAGUUCCAGGAGUGAUUGAAGGUGGUCAGCAAGGAGCUCGUGGUAGGGAUGGCCUGAAGGGAGAGAGAGGCCCAUCACGGCCCGGAGCCCCUGGCCUGCCUGGAGAGAGAGGAUUUAAAGGAGAGAAUGGUGCCCCUGGUCGACGAGGUUUACCUGGUAAUCCAGGCCCCCCUGGCCCACCUAGUCCUUCUAAUAUCCCAGGUCCGCUCGGAGACACUGGACUUCCGGGAUUAGAUGGACGAGAAGGUACCUUUGGCCCUCCUGGCCUCCCUGGUCCACCAGGGCCUGGAACAGUCCAAGGAGACAAAGGAGAUCCUGGAUAUCCUGGACUACCUGGUAUACCAGGAGCACGCGGAGACCUUGGUGGUUCUGGAGCACCUGGAUUACAAGGCAACCCUGGAUUCAAAGGACAAAGAGGUGACGCUGGUUUUAGUGGUUUACCUGGGCCACCAGGUUUUCCUGGAGAAUCAGGGGGUUAUGGCAUGAAAGGAUUUAAAGGACAGAAGGGUGAUCUUGGUCCUAAGGGGCUUCCAGGUACUGUAUACCAACCUAGAAACUAUACUCAAAAUAGGCCACCUGGGGAUUCCGGCCCACAAGGUUUUGAUGGGCCUCUUGGUCAGCCAGGAACACCAGGCCAGCCAGGCAGUCCAGGAUCCCCAGGUCCCAAAGGACUCAGAGGGCCAGUGGGUAGACUUGGUCCAGUUGGUACAGCUGGACCUCCAGGAAGUUUUGGUGAGCCUGGACCUUCAGGAGUCCAAGGACCCACAGGAACCCAAGGUACCUCUGGCCAACCGGGGUUGCCAGGUCCUCCAGGGUUACCUGCACGCAGUAGCAGUAUUGGUUAUACUCUGGUGAAACAUAGUCAGUCCACCCUGAUGCCCAUGUGUCCUCAAGGCAUGACAAAGUUAUGGGAUGGCUACAGUUUGUUGUAUGUGGAGGGACAGGAGAAAGCCCACAACCAGGAUUUGGGAUUGCCUGGUUCCUGCCUGCCUCAUUUCAGCACCAUCCCCUUCCUGUACUGCACAGUCAAUGAACUUUGUUACUAUGCCAGCCGCAAUGACAAAUCUUAUUGGCUGUCCACCACAGCGCCCAUUCCCAUGAUGCCUGUGGCAGAUCAGCAGAUAUCUCAGUACAUUAGCCGCUGCUCUGUGUGUGAGGCCCCUUCUCAUGCAGUCGCUAUCCAUAGUCAAGACCUCACCAUACCUACCUGCCCUCAGGGCUGGAGAAGUCUGUGGAUUGGUUACUCCUUCCUUAUGCACACAGCCGCUGGUGCAGAAGGUGGUGGUCAGUCUUUGGUGUCUCCUGGUUCUUGUCUGGAGGAUUUCCGUGCCACACCCUUCAUUGAGUGCAAUGGUGCCCAUGGCACCUGCCACUACUUUGCCAACAAGUACAGUUUCUGGUUGACCACGGUAGAGCUGUACAAUCAGUUCAUUCAGAGUCCAUCCCAGGAGACCCUGAAAGGAGAGCAGUACCGGUCACGCAUCAGUCGCUGUCAAGUCUGCAUGAAGAUCUUGUAACUUCUGUUGAUGCUCAACAGGACAAAGUGACUUUAAUAAAAAAAGAAAUGAGAUGAGGCAUUUGAAGAUAUAGGAAACAAAAAUAACUGACGGAUUUGAUUUCAUGCCCUUGACCUAAUGACUGUUGUUGUAUGUGACACCCAGCGGUGGUAAUCUGAUGUGCUAUAUUUGGAGAAUAUGGGGAUUCGAAUGAAAAGUAAUGGAGAAUAUAUAAUUUUUCUCUCUGCUUGCCUGUUUUCAACAGAGGUGCUAGAGUACAUAUCUGAAAUAUGUAUGUAUUUUUGUUUAAUUGUUGUUCAUAUAUUCACAGCUACCUCGGAGAGUGCAUCUCAAACUCCAACUGGACGACAUACAUUUUUCAAAAGCAACUUGUGAUUUAUCUGGUUGUUACUGCAUUCCAAGUACAAUUUGUAUUUGCUUCACUAGCCGAUAUUGGUGCUUUUACUCAUUUAUCAUUGGCAAUAUUGACAAACCAGCACUUUGGAAUGUACAUGAAUGAGUGAGAUUUUAACAUCAUGGUUAUCACUUGAAAUAAUUAUUAUUUAUAUAACCCAAUAAUUAUGUGUUCUAUAUAAAUUGCACUGAAGUGAAUAUCUGAAAACUUACUGUAUGUAAAGGAUCUUUCAUAAGAGCAUUUGAUUGAAGUAAAUUCACCAGUCCUAGGCCAUUCAAACAUCUAUCAAACAGUAAUGAUGAUUAUGGUUAUCACCAAAUAUCUCUCAAUCUUUAAAAGAUAAAUUUUUCAUCAGUAAUUUACUGUGUUUGAAUAGAAAAGUGAAACAUAUCAAAGGUUCUUUUGUUAGAGUGUCAGAAUGAUUCAGUUUAUGUAUUUCUAUACUCAAAAUGUUAUUGCCUUUUUGUAACACAUCUAAUUCACUUUGUGCAUUAGAGGAGAUAAAUAGACUAAUUUUGAGUUGAAAAGUCUGGUUGAUUAUAUAACCACUAUUGUCACUAAACCUUUCAGUCUCUCAUUGGUAGCCUUGAGUACAUACUGUAUUUUUUAUUGUGUUACAUUUCUUUAUGUGUAUAAGUGAAUAGAUUAUGGUUUGUUUAAUUCAUCCCACUGAUAAAAAGAAAAUGUACUGUACAUUAAACAAAGACAAAGAGUUGACUUGUACAUUUAAUAAUAGGGACAAAAUUAAGAAUAUACACUCACCUAAAGGAUUAUUAGGAACACCUGUUCAGUUUCUCAUUAAUGCAAUUAUCUAAUCAACCAAUCACAUGGCAGUUGCUUCAAUGCAUUUAGGGGUGUGGUCCUGGUCAAGACAAUCUCCUGAACUCCAAACUGAAUGUCAGAAUGGGAAAGAAAGGUGAUUUAAGCAAUUUUGAGCGUGGCAUGGUUGUUGGUGCCAGACGGGCCGGUCUGAGUAUUUCACAAUCUGGUCAGUUAUCUGGGAUUUUCACGCACAACCAUUUCUAGGGUUUACAAAGAAUGGUGUGAAAAGGGAAAAACAUCCAGUAUGCCGCAGUCCUGUGGGCGAAAAUGCCUUGUUGAUGCUAGAGGUCAGAGGAGAAUGGGCCGACUGAUUCAAGCUGAUAGAAGAGCAACUUUGCCUGAAAUAACCACUCGUUACAACCGAGGUAUGCAGCAAAGCAUUUGUGAAGCCACAACAUGCACAACCUUGAGGCGGAUGGGCUACAACAGCAGAAGACCCCACCGGGUACCACUCAUCUCCACUACAAAUAGGAAAAUGAGGCUACAAUUUGCCUAGAGCUCACCAAAAUUGGACAGUUGAAGACUGGAAAAAUGUUGCCUGGUCUGAUGAGUCUCGAUUUCUGUUGAGACAUUCAGAUGGCAGAGUCAGAAUUUGGCAUAAACUGAAUGAGAACAUGGAUCCAUCAUGCCUUGUUACUACUGUGCAGGCUGGUGGUGGUGGUGUAAUGGUGUGGGGGAUGUUUUCUUGGCACACUUUAGGCCCCUUAGUGCCAAUUGGGCAUCGUUUAAAUGCCACGGCCUACCUUGCAUUGUUUCUGACCAUGUCCAUCCCUUUAUGGCCACCAUGAACCCAUCCUCUGAUGGCUACUUCCAGCAGGAUAAUGCACCAUGUCACAAAGCUCGAAUCAUUUCAAAUUGGUUUCUUGAACAUGACAAUGAGUUCACUGUACUAAAAUGGCCCCCACAGUCACCAGAUCUCAACCCAAUAGAGCAUCUUUGGGAUGUGGUGGAACGGGAGCUUCGUGCCCUGGAUGUGCAUCCCACAAAUCUCCAUCAACUGCAAGAUGGUAUCCUAACAAUAUGGGCCAACAUUUCUAAAGAAUGCUUUCAGCACCUUGUUGAAUCAAUGCCACGUAGAAUUAAGGCAGUUCUGAAGCGAAAGGGGGUCAAACACAGUAUUAGUAUGGUGUUCCUAAUAAUCCUUUAGGUGAGUGUAUACCCCUAAUUCAUUCUAAGACUGUAGUUUUUUAAAAUACAAAAUGUACAUUUUUGAAGAUUGGCUUUCAAUUAGCAUUUAUUGUUAUUGUUUUUACUGCUUCAUGGCCAAGAGGUGUAUAUAUUUCAGAACCUGGUAAAUUCUAUUAACUAAUCAAAUAUUUUUAUAAUGAAUUCAGACAGUAAAUACUGUAUGAGAAGACCUUUUGUACAUUACAUUAUUAAGUGGUGUACAUUAUUUAACUGAAUGCUCACUGUGAGUACAUCUAUGGAACCUGUCAAAUAAAACUUACCAACUGUUAUUUCA